CAUGCUCUCGCGGGGCGCGUUGGUGGCCCGUGUCUCUCUCGCCUUCCACAUUGCCAGACACUGCCGAGCCCGGGUAGCUGGAUUCCGCACCUCCACAAAUGCACUCCGAGACGGACGCGCUCAGGACAAGUUCAACUACAACCCGAACGUGUUCGAGCCGGUGACCAACCCCGAACAUGUGAACUAUCGGCGCGUUACCGCCAAUGACCUCGAAAGCUCGCGCGAGCCGCCAACGGAAGUUCGCAUGCUCGUCCGGGACUUCAUCGAGGACUCGCUGUACAACCCGCACUACGGCUACUUCCCGAAACAAGCCCAGAUAUUUACCUAUGCCGAGGAUGCUUUCAACUUCGGCCCAAUGAAGAACGCGGUGGAAUUCCAACAAGAGGUCGCCCGGCGGUACGAGAGCUAUGGCGCCGAUGAGGACGGACCCGGGAGGCAGAUAUGGCAUACUCCGACGGAGUUGUUCAAGCCAUGGUAUGGUCAAGCCAUCGCACAAUGUCUGGUGUCCGAAUAUUUGCUCAAGUACUUCCCGUACGAAGAUUUCGUGAUUUACGAGAUUGGCGCUGGAAAUGGCACGUUAGCUCUCAACAUCCUUGACUUCAUCCGCGACGAGUAUCCGGAAGUCUAUGACCGCACCCGGUACCACAUCAUAGAGAUCAGCGGGAGUUUAGCCAAGAUACAGGAGGAAAGACUUUGUGCCGUUCAUCCGACAGUACAAAUAGCCCACAAAAGCAUCUUUCAUUGGGACACGCGAGAACCGUCGCCAUGUUUCUUCAUAGCGAUGGAAGUUGUCGACAAUUUUGCUCACGAUAUGAUACGCUAUGACCUCCGUACCCUAGAGCCUUACCAGGGCUUUGUCGCGAUCGACGAAAACGGGGACUUUUCAACGCACUUCACCCGCGUCACCGACCCACUAAUAACCUCCUUCAUCCAACUACGAAGACGACUUUCGCAUCCCCCUCCGAUACCGCGUCUCCUCAAGGCAUCCAAAACAUUCCGUAACAUUUACACCAACCUCCCGUUCGCGCCUAACCUGUCCGCGCCGGAGUACAUCCCGACGCGGCUCCUGAGUCUGUUACUUACGCUGCGCGAUCACUUCCCGCGACAUCGCCUCCUCCUCUCGGACUUCUCGUCCUUGCCCGAUACCACCCCCGGCGUCAACGCCCCGGUCGUACAGACGCGGUAUCGGAACGAAACCGUCCCAUGUGGAACCGUCCUCGUCAAGCAGGGUUACUUCGACAUCUUCUUCCCUACCAACUUCGAGCACCUCCGGGACAUGUACGAACAUAUCCUGUCCGAACCGCGUGAACCGAAAACUCCAGACGCGGACCUACCGAUCCCUCGGUUGUCUCCUCUUAGCAGCAGCAUGACGCCGUUAUCGGUCGGCUCCGACUUCUUCUCGUCCUAUCACCCCCACAACAGGCGCACGCCCGUCGACGGCAUCGUGAGCGCGAGCGGCCUCCCGAUCGGCGAGCGUAAAUCCAGCGUGUUCACGCACGCCGAGUUCAUGGAGACGUACGCGGACCUGUCCAAGACCCGGUUGCACAACGGCGAGAAUCCGCUCCUUGACUUCUACCAGAACGUCAAGUUCCUGUUCUAGAGGCAGGUACCUCCGUGGGCGCUACUGCACCACCCCUCGCCACGAUGCUAUGCCUUUCGUACGAUGUACAGGUAAUAAUGGAAGGCAUCGCCGAUCUGCCGAAUCUCAAGCGUCGUGCCCGGACGGUUGAGGUAUCUCCGACGGAAAUGGGGCUGCCCGAAGGUUAGGUAGAGGAAGACGCCACCAGGACGAAGGACCCUGCAGCCGGUAUCACGUUAGCCCGCUAUGUCGCGUGAACUGGCUGCACCUACCUCAAGACUUCGUCCACCUCUGCGUUGCAGUCGCUGACCACUUGCUCCGGGGGGUCCUAAUGGGAACGAGAGCGUUCAGUCGCGUGGGAUGCAUGGAAAGCUGUGGAUAACAUACCCAUACGUCUCCUUUCGAAGUCAUCAUGGCGUCCAUCGUGCCUAGAUACCGCCGGUCACGUUUUGGAUGUUAUGCGAGCAUCCCUAUAUCAGACAUACCUUUAUCUAUAGCUAUAUCAAAACUGGCGUCGGGGAACUCCAGGUGUCGCACAUCCAUC